AUGGAGCACCUGGGGCCGCACCACCUCCACCCGGGCCACGCGGAGCCCAUCAGCUUCGGCAUCGACCAGAUCCUCAACAGCCCGGACCAGGGCGGCUGCCUGGGGCCGAACUCGCGCCUGCAGGACGGGGACUACGGCCUCGGCUGUUUGGUCGGAGGCGCCUACGCUUACGGCGGCGGCGGCGCGGGACCGGUGGCCGGGGCGGCGGCCGCGAACGCGGGGGCCUACGGCGCGGGCGGCCCGAGCGGCCCCGGGGGCCCGGCGGGCGGCGGGGGCGGCGCCUGCAGCAUGGGCCCGCUGGCCGGCGGCUCCUACAGCGUGAACAUGGCCUUGGCGGGCGGCCCGGCCCCGGGCGGCGGCGGCGGCGGCGGGGCGCUGAGCGCGGCGGGCGUGAUCCGGGUGCCCGCGCACAGACCGCUCGCUGGCGCGGUGGCCCACCCGCAGCCUCUGGCCACCGGCUUGCCCACGGUGCCCUCCGUGCCCGCCGUGCCAGGCGUCAACAACCUCACCGGCCUCACCUUCCCCUGGAUGGAGAGCAACCGCAGAUACACAAAGGACAGGUUCACAGGUCACCCCUAUCAGAACCGGACGCCCCCCAAGAAGAAGAAGCCGCGCACGUCCUUCACGCGCCUGCAGAUCUGCGAGCUGGAGAAGCGCUUCCACCGCCAGAAGUACCUGGCCUCCGCCGAGCGCGCCGCGCUGGCCAAGGCGCUCAAGAUGACGGACGCCCAGGUCAAAACCUGGUUCCAGAACCGCCGCACCAAGUGGAGGCGGCAGACGGCGGAGGAGCGCGAGGCCGAGAGGCAGCAGGCGAACCGCAUCCUCCUGCAGCUGCAGCAGGAGGCCUUCCAGAAGAGCCUGGCGCAGCCGCUGCCCGCCGACCCGCUCUGCGUGCACAACUCCUCGCUCUUCGCCCUGCAGAACCUGCAGCCCUGGUCGGACGACACCACCAAGAUCACCAGCGUCACGUCCGUGGCUUCGGCCUGCGAGUGA